AUGGCUACCUCAGCGCUGCAGGAGCGCAGGAAGCGCCUGGUGAACAGGGUUGGCCGACACCUGCCGUGCAACACCAUCCAGGUGGUGUCUGACUUCGCCAAGGUGGCCACAAAGGUGGUGGAAAACAUCCUCUCCAACCCCGCCGACGUUAAGUUCAGGGAGCUCCGCGCCAACAACAAGACCAUCCAGCGGGCGGUGCUCAGCUGCCACGGCGGCCGAGAGUUCCUGUCCCUGUUGGGCUUCGAAAAGAUCACAAAGAACGGGGAGGUGGUGUACUUCCUGGCGGAGCCGCACGUGGACCACCUGACGCAAGCGAAGGGAUGGCUCGCGGAGCGCGUCAAGUCGUGCGAGCAGUCGGAGGGGUCGGUCGGGGGCCGAGCAUGCGCGGACUCAGUGCUGACGGUGCUCCUGACUAGCGGACAGACGCUGGAGGGCGGCUUCUACAAGCAUGAGACCAUCCACGACGUCUACGCGUUCUUGCAGUCCAGUGUCGUCAACGGGGGGGAGGACUUGCGGCUGCGCACGACAACCGUGCCGGAAACCGAGCUUGGAGAACAAAUGCUGCCUAUGUCUCUGGCAGAUGCAAAACUGCUCCCGAGGGCUACCCUUGCGGUGGUCAAGCCUUCCGCGGCGCCACCGCCACCGAAAAAGAGCCGCCGGAACGAGUCAGAAGAGGGUAGCCAAAAGCGGCAGCGACUACGUAGGCUUUAG